AUGCCGUGGGACCCUGUCACGGCUGAGGAUGGCCGCGUCUACGAGCGUUCGGCAAUUGAACAACACCUCACGACUAAGAGAACAUCACCAAUGACGAAUCAACCGAUGGGCGACCGUCUGUUCCCGGCUCCCCAGCACAAGAAUUUGAUUGAAGGACUGAUCAAGACGGGUGUCAUUGGUGAUUCAUUGCUCUCCAGUUGGAAUGAAAAAGUGAAGGAGAAGAAGGAAAUGGAAGACCUGUUGAAGAAGGCCAAUGCGGGCGACAAAAAUGUCAUGCUGACUGUCGGACUGAAUUAUCGAUACGGCGAAAAGGGUUUUGCGAAAGACCUAGCCAAGAGCCACAUCUUGAUGAAGAAAGGACACGACUAUGGAAACUUGGAGUGCACGGUAUUCCUAGGGGUGGACCUUUUGACUGGAACGGGUGUCGCCCAGGACUUAAUGAAAGGAAUGAUGUAUACUGCUAUGGCUGCGGGGAACGGGUCGGAUUUGGCGGCCUACGUGUUAGGGUCAGCAUUGGCAACUGGUCUUGGUGGUGUGCUGACGGUGGAUAAGGACGAGGCAAUUCGUUGGCUCUGGAAGGCUUCGAGUGGAACCUGUCCUGUCAAACACUUGAACGAAAUGGAAAAAUACAGAGCGAAGAAACUGCUGAAAAGCCUUACCAACAAAGCCCCCGCAACCGAUCCUUCCGCUUGA